AUGAGCUCCGACACCCGCAAAAAGUUCAUCAACUAUCCCGUCCCUGUGGCAGGACCACUCGUCCCUUACAAAAAUGAGCGAGGAAGCAACCCGCCGCUGAAAGGCUGGCUUUUGGUGGUGGCAGCAUGGGUCAUGGAAUGUCUGUCCUUCGUUCGCGCAUUCAUCUGGAGCAAUGCCGGUUUUGGAAGCGUGCGCAAGAUUCGCAAAUACAUAGAGGAUGUCGAGCCACGCUACGAUCCAACCGUCCUUCCCUUCCCUCUCGAGGAGGCCAAGGAUCCAGCUGUACUUCAUCGCGAGAGUAACGUGAAGUCGCUGCUGAAGCCGCGCCCGUUCAAGUACUACUCCGUUUCCGACUACCACGAGAUGUAUCUGUCAGGCGAAGUCACGCCACUGGCCGUCGCUCGCGCCAUCUUGCCCCUGAUCCGUCGCGACACCGCUCCGCAGGGCGAGCACUCGAUCGCGUGGUUCGACACCAAGGUCACCCAGGUCUUGAUCGCUGCAGAGGCGUCCACAAAGCGGUACAAGGAGGGCCGUCCGCUGGGUAUGUUGGACGGCGUGCCCACCGCUGUCAAGGACGAGUACGAGAUCGACGGCUACCGGACGUGCCUCGGCUCGAGGAACGACUACACCACCGAAGUCGAGCCCGGACAGUCCAUCAACAGUUGGUGCGUGAAGAAGCUAGAAGCAGCGGGCGCCGUUAUCCUGGGAAAACUCUCGAUGCAUGAAUUUGGACUUGACACUACCGGUAACAACCCGAUCUACGGUACUCCUCGAAACCCAUACAAUCGCGGCUAUUACACGGGCGGCUCCUCCUCGGGCGCAGGCUACGCCGUCGCAACCGGCCUUGUCCCAGUAGCCCUCGGCAGUGACGGCGGCGGCAGCAUCCGCAUCCCCUCCUCCCUCUGCGGCGUCUACGGCCUCAAGCCAACCCACGGCCGCGUCUCCUUCCACCCCUGCCCGAACCACAGCAACUCCUGCGCCGUCAACGGGCCGAUCGCCGCAGACAUCGAGUCCCUGGCAACCUGCUUCGAGGCCAUCGGCGCACCGCACGCGAACUCAAACUUCAUCCAAGCCUCCCCGUUCAUCCUUUCCCCGAGCGAGAAGCGCGGCAAGAUCCUGGGCAUCCCGGAGUCGUGGUUCGCGCAGGCAGACCCGGUCAUCCAGCGCCUGUGCCGCCACAUGAUCGCUCGCCUGGUGACGCACCACGGCUACACCACCGUCCCCAUCGAGAUCCCCUUCCUCACCGAGGGCCAGUCGGCCCACGCCAUGACGGUCCUCACGGACGGCGCGACCCUCCUCCCCGAGACGAAGAACCUUACCCACGGGAACCGCAUCCUCCUGGCCAUCGGCCGCGUCACCUCGGCCGUGGACUACCUCCUCGCCCAGAAGCUCCGCGGCCUCCUGAUGCAGCACCUCUCGCACCUCUGGGCCACCUACCCGGGCAUGAUCAUCGUCACCCCCACGACCUCCUGCGCGGGCUGGCCCAUCAUGUCGGAAAGCGAGCUCGCCUAUGGUGUCAGCGACGGCGACCGCACGAUCCGCUCCAUGGAGUACGUCUGGAUGGGCAACUUCUGCGGCCUCCCGGGCGUCACCGUCCCCACGGGCUACGUCGUCCCUCACGACCAGCCCGGCGCGGGCACCGAGGCCGGCCCCGACACCGCGGGCAAGGUGCCCGUCGGGCUGAUGGGCAUGGGCGAGUGGACGGAUGAGCACAGCCUCCUCGAGUUCGGGCUCGACGCCGAGGAGCUGUUCGCGAAGGAGCGGUGCCGGCCGCCCACCUGGGUCGACGUCAUCCAGCGGGCCAAGGACGAGAUGGCCAAGGACGGAGAAGCCGCGUUGAUAGACAUUUAG